GAGAGCAAACAAACAAAGAUGAAGCUGUUGUGGGUUGUGAUGCUGGUAGUCGGCACAGUGUUUGCCGCCGACGAUGAUGAUGAUAAGAAGGACAACGUGGGGACUGUGGUUGGGAUUGAUCUGGGGACCACAUACUCAUGUGUCGGAGUGUUCAAGAAUGGACGUGUGGAGAUUAUUGCCAAUGACCAGGGAAACCGAAUUACCCCCUCCUACGUGGCCUUCACCAGUGAAGGUGAGCGUCUGAUCGGUGAUGCUGCCAAGAAUCAGCUGACCUCUAACCCUGAGAACACCAUCUUUGAUGCCAAGAGGCUCAUUGGUCGCACAUGGGGUGACUCGUCUGUGCAGCAGGACAUCAAGUACUUCCCCUUCAAGGUUACUGAGAAGAAGAGCAAGCCCCAUAUCCAGGUUGACAUUGGUGGUGGUCAGAUGAAGACCUUUGCUCCCGAGGAGGUCUCUGCUAUGGUGCUGACUAAGAUGAAGGAGACUGCUGAGGCUUACCUGGGCAAGAAGGUCACACAUGCUGUGGUCACUGUCCCCGCCUACUUCAACGAUGCCCAGCGCCAGGCCACCAAGGAUGCUGGUACCAUUGCUGGUCUGAAUGUUAUGCGAAUCAUCAAUGAGCCAACUGCUGCUGCUAUUGCUUAUGGCCUGGACAAGAAGGACGGAGAGAAGAACAUUCUUGUGUUCGAUCUGGGCGGUGGCACCUUUGACGUCUCUCUUCUGACCAUUGACAACGGUGUUUUCGAAGUGGUCGCCACCAACGGUGACACUCAUCUGGGAGGAGAGGACUUUGACCAGCGUGUCAUGGAGCACUUCAUCAAGCUGUACAAGAAAAAGACUGGCAAAGAUGUGCGCAAAGACAACCGUGCUGUGCAGAAGCUGCGUCGCGAGGUCGAGAAGGCCAAGAGGGCGCUGUCUGCCCAGCACCAAGCCCGCAUUGAGAUCGAGUCUUUCUUUGAGGGAGAGGACUUCUCUGAGACCCUGACUCGUGCCAAGUUUGAGGAGCUGAACAUGGACCUGUUCCGUUCCACCAUGAAGCCUGUACAGAAGGUGCUGGAAGAUUCUGACUUGAAGAAGUCUGACAUUGAUGAGAUUGUCCUGGUUGGAGGCUCCACCCGUAUCCCCAAAAUCCAGCAGCUGGUGAAAGAGUUUUUCAAUGGCAAAGAGCCAUCUAGAGGCAUUAACCCUGAUGAGGCUGUGGCAUACGGAGCUGCUGUGCAGGCUGGCGUGCUUUCUGGAGAGGAGGACACUGGUGAUGUGGUUCUUCUGGAUGUGUGCCCCCUGACCCUUGGUAUUGAGACUGUUGGAGGAGUAAUGACCAAGCUGAUCCCCAGAAACACUGUGGUGCCCACCAAAAAAGCUCAGAUCUUUUCUACAGCCUCUGAUAACCAGCCUACUGUCACCAUCAAAGUCUAUGAAGGUGAGCGUCCUUUGACCAAAGACAACCAUCUCCUGGGUACCUUUGACCUGACUGGCAUCCCCCCUGCUCCUCGCGGUGUACCGCAGAUUGAAGUCACCUUUGAGAUUGAUGUCAACGGCAUUCUGCGUGUCACUGCUGAGGACAAGGGCACAGGCAACAAGAACAAGAUCACAAUCACAAAUGACCAGAACCGGCUAACGCCCGAGGACAUCGAGCGCAUGGUGAACGACGCAGAACGCUUUGCUGACGAAGAUAAGAAGCUGAAGGAGAGGAUCGACGCUCGCAAUGAGCUGGAGAGCUACGCAUACUCCCUGAAGAACCAGAUCGGUGACAAGGAGAAGCUUGGUGGCAAGCUGUCAGAUGACGAUAAGGAGUCCAUUGAGAAGGCAGUGGAGGAGAAGAUUGAAUGGUUGGAAUCCCACCAAGAUGCUGACCUGGAUGAGUUCCAGGCCAAGAAGAAGGAGCUUGAGGAGGUGGUUCAGCCCAUUAUCACC